CCCCCAGCAGGCGGCCAGGCGGGCCGGGCCGCGGCGCCCCUCGCGCCGGGCGCGCCAUGCAGGGCCCCGGCGGGAACGCGAGCCGCGGGGUGGCGGGCGCGCCGCCUGCCACGGUGGCGUCCGCGGCGGGCCGCUGCGAGAGCGGCGCGCUCAUGCACAGUUUCGGCAUCUUCCUGCAGGGGCUUCUCGGCGUCGUGGCCUUCAGCACGUUGAUGCUGAAACGCUUCCGAGAGCCAAAGCACGAAAGACGGCCAUGGAGAAUAUGGUUCCUAGACACCUCCAAGCAAGCCAUAGGGAUGCUCUUCAUCCACUUCGCAAACGUGUACCUGGCGGAUCUCACGGAAGAGGACCCUUGCUCACUGUACCUCAUCAACUUCCUCCUGGACGCCACGGUGGGCAUGCUGCUCAUCUACGUGGGCGUUCGCGCCGUCAGCGUCCUGGUGGAGUGGCAGCAGUGGGAGUCCCUGCGCUUUGGCGAAUACGGAGACCCUCUGCAGUGCGGAGCCUGGGUGGGCCAGUGCGCGCUCUACAUCAUCAUCAUGGUGUUCGAGAAGUCCGUCGUCUUCAUCGUCCUCCUCAUACUGCAGUGGAAGAAGGUGGCCCUGCUGAACCCCAUCGAGAACCCCGACCUGAAGCUGGCCAUCGUCAUGCUGAUCGUGCCCUUCUUUGUCAACGCUUUCAUGUUCUGGGUCGUGGACAAUUUCCUCAUGAGAAAGGGAAGGACGAAAGCUAAGCUGGAAGAGAGAGGCGCCAGCCAGGACUCGAGGAACGGCAGCCGGGUCCGCUACCGGAGGGCAGCGUCGCACGAGGAGUCGGAGUCUGAGAUCCUGAUCUCCGCCGACGACGAGAUGGAGGAGUCGGACGUGGAGGAGGACCUCCGCAGACUCACGCCCCUGAAGCCCGCCAAGAAGAAGAAGCACCGCUUCGGGCUGCCUGUGUGAGGGCCCGGGCCACCCGCCCCUCUGCCCCUCCUCUUCUACCUCCGCCCUCGCCGACUCUGCCCGCUGCCAGGCCGCCGUGACUUAGCCAGCACCGUGGGGCGGGGGCUGCAGAGGGCCCGCCCCAUUGCACUACAAAUACUGACCAAAUAUGCAAGCGAGCCGUUGUUUGUUGUCCAGGCCCCGCUUGGCGUGGCCUGGCGGGGGGCGGGGGAGGGCAGAGCCCCGUCCAGUAUCUGACGGAGGUCCGAGUGGGGGCACCCGCACGGGCUCAGGGAGCACGAGGACCAGGCAUGCUGGGGGUGGACGUAGCUCGCUCUGCAGUGCUCUCCGGCUCUCCGGGCCCUGUGCCGACUCCUGAAGCCUGGUUUUCUGAGCGCACCCGUGUUCACGCUUUCUCGAGUCUGCGUCCCGCCCCUCUGGGACGACGGGGCAGAACAUAGAUUUUUAAGUCUUCCAUAAGCUGUUGACUUUUAUAUUUUUAAGUUAUAUUUUCAUACUAUUGUAUUUAAAAACUCUUUUUAAUCCCUCCAAAGACAUGGGUUUCUUUGCCUUUCGUGGGAUGUGAACUGGUAAAGGGAGAAGUCGGGAGUGUUCGAUUUGGAAGACCGUUAGGUGAUGUCCACUCAGACGAGGUGGCUGAUCCUGGGCGCAGGCGGAGAAAGUGGCCGGUUGUCUGAAACCGGCAACCUGGGACCUGGCCGAGGUUGGCUGAGCGGGAGGGAGCAGGUUCCAACUGAUCCCGGGUUGGAUAUGGACCAGGGGCACAGGCUUCAGGGAGUCGGCCCGAGUGUCCAGGUGGGGGACAUAGGGGGCUUGUGUCCAAGAAAUCGAGACCCCCUUCACCCCCAGACCGUCCUGUGCUCCUGCCUCUCCAGAGCCUCCAGGCCUGAUACUCCGUCUCACCCCCAGCCUGGGAGCGCCCAGGGCCUGGGCAGGGUUUGUCCCCUCCCUGUGGGCCUGAAGAAUGCCUGACCAAGGGUGCUUGUCACUGCAGGGCACUGCUUGAGGGUUGCUUCUUGCGUCUACUCGGGGCCCUGCGAGGGCAGUGGCCCCCUCUGAGGCUCUGGGAGAGACUGGCUGGCUGCCCGGGUGCUGGCCCUGCUGUGGGGGCAGCACGGGACAGUGGCAUGUGUCACCACCCCCAGGCAGCAUGGACACGCAGGAACAGAAGUGGCACCGGCGAGGCGUGGGCUGUGAGACAGGUGCCGGAGGCCACAAACCCGAGGAAGCUUCUCUCAGACCCCACACAGGGGCGUGUUCACGCGGACUAGUGGCUCUGACUGGUGUGGGGGCCUCGCGGGGAAGAGGCGUCCCCCCAUCACACGCAGUGCCUGUCCGGGGCGGGACAAGGGAGCCUGGGGGACUCUCGCCCGUGGGCUCCGCAAGACUGAGCAGUCAGGAUCCAAACUGCAGGGUGACUUGUCUGGGGGCGUCUGCUGCCAAGAGGUGGGGAACUGAGUCACAGUCGCAUCUUUCCGCUCUCAGCCGUGUUAGUGGGGGGGAACUGGGGGCGGGAGGAGGGUGGCCGGGAAUCACUUUAGGGAAACGGGGACCAAUGUUCCUGGGUGGCUGCCCCGGGGUGCCGCCAGCUCCUCCCCUUCCGUUUUGGUUUGAGCAGCCCGUGCCCACGGCCACUGCCCUCACGGUCUCGGGGCUGCAGGUUCGAACCUCACCACACCUGGCUUCCCUCUUGCUCUGGGGUUCCUGGUGUUUCCAUUCUGGGUGAGAGAGGGGCUGUAAACCCCACGUGAUCUCUUGGUCUGGGGGCCUGAGCAGGCCACGGUGAGCGGUGGCUUCCCUGCCUCCCGGCUCUCCGUGGUAGUCCUGGAGCAGCGUCUGAGCGGGCUGCGUGGCCCGUCCUCACAAAAGCUGGCCCGCACACACAUUGACACACACGCACACACUGACGUGAACGUGCGCAGCCACACGUGGCACGCACAGCCUGCAUCCCCCCGGAAGCCCUCCUGCAAUCUCGGCGGGCGUGGUGCAGUGCCCUCCAGAGCGGAUGGCAAAGACCGUGGUCAGGGCUUCCUCCUGAGCUGCCCUUCCCAUCCCGUCUCGUCCCGUCCCCCCCACCCCAAAGUUUCCUCACCACCUGCUCCGAGGUGCCUUACGAGGGACAGCUCUCCUGACCCUGACCACGCACUUGAGAAGCCAGGGACCACCACCGCCACCGCUUGUUGGCUGUCCAUUUGGGCCUUGGUCGAGCAUUACCCCCACCCCCACCCCCACAUACACACACCUACGCACACACACACACAAGUCAGGGUCACGGUGCCGUCUGCCUGGCGAGGUGGAACAUCUCUGGGGGGAAGAGGCCCCGGCUGCCCGAGCUGGCGGGGGCUGGCAGUGAGGAGGCAGUGCCUUCUUGGUCCACAGUCUGAAGACCUUGCAGGUGGCCUCCUCCCUGGAACUUCAGCUUGGGCUUCUCCCUGUCAGUGGGGAGUCGGGGGGUGGCAGUAGUGCUGGCCCUCCAGGGAAAUGGAAAGAUGGGCCCCCUGGGUGAUGGCUCACAUCCCAGGGGUAAUCGUGGUAAUGCCCCUCGGAGGUGUGAUGGAGCUGGGACCCUGGGGACGGCCAGCAGCCCCCCCGGCCCUCCACACUGUGCACCCCCAAGCAGCUGAAAAAGCGGAUGGUGCUGGCUCGGAGAGGGAGAAGGUUCUCGUGCCCCCCGGCUGUGGGGCUGUCCGGCUGCGGGACCUGCUAGCUCGCUGGGGACCUGCUCGCGGCCCCAGCACCUGGGUGGGCCGGAGGGAAGGAGGGCGCCAUUUGAUUUCUUGUUUCGUGAAAUGUGUCAGAGAUCAGACCUGUGAAGGCUCCCCAGCCUGUCCCCCGUACCCCGGAGGUUGGGAGUCCGCGGGGGCCUGGGGAGCACAUUUCUGAAAUGAAAGGGAAGAGGAUGUACUUAUAUUGUAAAGUGGUUUACAAUAAAAGUCCAGUAUCUGACUACC